AUUAAAUGAAAAUCGUCAUCCUUUUAGUUCUAGUGAUGUCAUCAUUAGGAAGGCUUACAUAUAGAAAUGGUUUAUUUGGAAGAGAAGAGAUUAUAUAGGCCAAAGCUACACAGUGGUUCACUUAGAAAUUAGAUCAUAAUGAUCCAACAUCAAAAGAAGUAUUUAACUAAAGAUUUCACAUAUAUGAUGAUUAUGUAUAAGGAGGUUAACCAGAAGCAGUUAUUUUGUACAUUUGUGGUGAAUGGACAUGUAAGGCAUAAUAAAAUUAUAAUAGGUGACGGAAUAGCACAAGGAUUAACAUUUGAUGCAGCAUAAUAAUUAAAAGCAAUAAUACUUGUUUUAGAACAUAGAUAUUUUGGUUAAUCUUAACCAUUUGAAGAUUGGAGUACUCCAAACUUAAAAUAUCUGAAUAUUCAUUAAGCUUUAGAUGACAUAGCUUAUUUUAUAUAAAAUAUGAAAGUUUAAGGAAGAUAUAAUAUUAAACCAAGUACUCCAUGGAUUCAUCUUGGAGGUUCAUACCCAGGAGCAUUAAGUGCUUGGUUUAGAUAUAAAUAUCCUCAUUUAACAAUUGGAGGUUUGGCUUCUUCAGCAGUUGUUAGAGCUGUUGCCUGUUAUCAUGAAUACGAUAUGCAAGUUUAUCUUUCUGCAUUAGAAAGUUCAUAAGAGUAAGAAUAGUUUAAAUAAUGUUAGAUGUGUAGAUAGAAUUUAACAAGUAAAUUAAAAGAUUGAGGAUGAUUUAAUUAAUGAUCCUUAAACUCUUAAAACAAUAUUUAAAGCAUAAGAAUUAAAGGAUAUUGAAUUCUUAUCAAUGAUUGCUGAUAUUUAUGCUGGAAUGGUUUAAGGUAGAAAAAGAUCAAAGAUGUGUGAGAGAUUAGAGAGAGGAAAUGAUAUAUAGGAAUGGUUUGAUGAAGUAGUUCUUAUGGCAAAAGAAACAGUGAAUCAAGAAAGUUAUGGAUCUGAGUUUUUGAGGAAUACUACUAUAGAUUUUUCUAAAAAUUCAAGAUAAUGGACUUAUUAAACUUGUAUUGAAGUAGGUUACUUUUAAACAGCAAAUGUAAUAAUGAAAUAUUAAUUUAAAGCCAAAUCCUGAACAAUCAACUAGAUCUUAAUAAUUAGUUCUUGAUUUCUUUAGAUAAUUAUGUGAAUAUUCUUAUGGUAUUCCAAUCUUUCCAGAUGAAGAUAGAACUAAUGCAUAUUUCGGUGGACUUGAUAUUAAUGUAGAUCAUCUUAUUUUUUCGAAUGGAUCUGAUGAUCCUUGGUAACAUGCUUCAAUUACUAAAUGGAAAUAAGGAAAAGAUUAUGAUGUCAAAUACAUCAAAUGUUAAGAUUGUUCGCAUUGUGUUGAUCUUAAAGCAUCCUCUCCUUAAGAUCCACCUGAAUUAACUUAAGCCAGACAAGAAAUUCUAGCUAUAUUUUAGUAAUGGAUUAAUGAAUACAAAGAAUAAUAAGCCUACAUAAUUGAGUGAACAUAUCAUCUAAAAUAUAU